CACUCACACAAGCGCACGCGCUUACACGCGGAGAAAAUCCUUUUGCCUGUUGAUUUAUGGAAACAAUUAUGAUUCUGCUGGAGGAUUUCUCAGCUGAGAAAUAGUUUGUUGCUACAGUAGAGAGGCUCAAGUUGCAGGAGGCAGACAGCAGACACGGAACUCUUGUGUACCCAGCUGUUCCAAACAGAACAAAAGUCAAGUAGCAAAUGCACUGCAGCAACUGGCCUUGUGGCAACCUGUUUCUAAAAGGAUAUACCUAUCAACUGUGUCCCUGAAGGAGGAAUCCUGUUACUGUUAUCAGAAGCUGAAAGUUAAGGUUAACAAUUUGGAAAGAGCGACCACUUUUUCUCAAAUUAAUCUCCAGUUCACAGAGAGGAGGAGGCCCAUGACCUAGGAGUAGCAAUCAACGCAAGAUUCAGUUCUCAUUAUGUUAUUCAUGAACACCCGGGGCACUACACUAUAAUGCGCAAAUGGAUACUGACACGGAUCCUGCCAACUCUGCUCUACAGAUCUUGCUUCCACCUUGUCUGUCUAGUGGGCACUAUAUCUCUAGCUUGCAAUGACAUGAGUCCGGAGCAAACGGCUACGAGUGUGAACUGUUCUAGCCCCGAGCGACACACCAGAAGUUAUGACUACAUGGAAGGAGGGGAUAUAAGGGUGAGAAGACUGUUCUGUCGCACCCAGUGGUAUCUGCGGAUUGACAAACGAGGCAAAGUGAAAGGGACCCAGGAGAUGAAGAACAGCUACAACAUCAUGGAAAUCAGGACCGUGGCAGUUGGAAUUGUGGCAAUCAAAGGGGUGGAAAGUGAAUACUAUCUUGCCAUGAACAAGGAAGGGAAACUCUAUGCAAAGAAAGAAUGCAAUGAGGAUUGCAACUUCAAAGAACUGAUUCUGGAAAACCAUUAUAACACCUAUGCAUCAGCUAAAUGGACACACAGCGGAGGGGAAAUGUUUGUUGCCUUAAAUCAAAAGGGGAUUCCUGUCAAAGGGAAGAAAACGAAGAAAGAACAAAAAACGGCCCAUUUUCUUCCUAUGGCAAUAACCUAAGUGUACGUGGUGUUUGAGAAACCAGUUUCAUUCAGCAGGGAGAUUUCUUGAGAUUUCUUUCCAGUGGACUUUUCUUCUCUCUCUCUCUCUCUCUCUCUCUCUCUCUCUCUCUCUCUCUGUCUCUCAGAAACCAAGAAAGGCUGGAAAACUACUGAAAAACUGAUCAAGCUGGACUUGCGCAUUUUUGUUUAUUUUAAGAGACUGCAUUAAAGAAAGAUUUGAAGAAUAUACACAAGAAUCAGAUUUAGUAAAAGUUGUAAAAAGUUGUAAAAGUGAUUGUACAAUCAUGAUGUUAGUGACGUGAUAUUUUUCUUAAAUUAAUUUACCCUUAAGAGUAUGUUAGAUUUGACUAUCUGAUAAUGAAUAUUUAAUAUCACUCUCUGCUUAUAAAAUGGCUGCUAUAAUGAUAUUAAUAAUGCAGAUGAUGUUAGAUAAGGUACGUCAGACCUAACGGCUGCUGGGCUGCUUUGUCAGAUGAUUAAGCCACACAAACUGUAGACGAUGAGCUUUCCAGUAAGAACUAUAAUCCACUUCAGCUCUAUUCAGAAGAAUGAAUGUUCUCAACAUUUUAUUAUAGAAUAGAAUCUACAGGUGGUUUUACAAAAUUACAGGCUUGGAACAUGCCUGUACUGAUUAACAUGAAAAAAAGUCCACUCAAAUUGAAAAGGUAUUGUUAACAGGACGUUUUAAAAAUCUGUAUAUAAAAUAGCAAUAAUGAUGAUAAUACUGUAUUUCAUCUCACCACAAAAUAACAUUUUAUAAUCCCUAAAAAUAAAUUUCAGAAACCUUUACAUUUUUUUCAAGUAACAUCUAUCUUUUGUAUAAUUCACAUUUGGGAACACGACUUUUAGUAACGCUCUUCCCACAAAUAAUCAUGCUUAUUUCCCCUCUGUGAUUACAGCAUUAAACUCUACUUUAAGUUGUAUUUGAAUUUUAUUGUUUUGUUAUUUAAGUUUAUGUUAUUUAUAAAGAAAAAACCUUAAGAAGCUC